AUGUCAGAGAAGAUCUUGGACGAUAUUUCUCAUAGGAGAUUUAACCCAUUGCGGGGUACUUGGCUUCUCGUUUCCCCUCAUCGUACCAAGAGACCAUGGCAAGGACAACAAGAAUCAGCUUCGAAAAUUACACUUCCGGAAUAUGAUCCAGCAUGUUACCUGUGUCCAGGAAAUACACGCGCGCAGGGUGAUUCAAAUCCGCAGUAUAAGGAUACUUUUGUUUUUGUGAAUGAUUAUAGUGCGGUUAAGGAGGUUCAAGCAGAGUAUGCGCAGGAUGGAGAUUCAAAAGAUCUAUCAAACAUUCUCCUCCGCGCCGAACCCGUAACUGGAAAAUGCUACGUCCUUACUUUCUCUCCCUCGCACAACCUCACUCUCGCAGACCUUACUCCUGCUCAAAUUCUUCCCGUCAUACAAACAUGGACUGAAAUCUACGCCGCUCAUCUUUCUCCUUCUUCACCACUUGCAAGCGUCGCGCUGCCUACUGCACUCGCACCAUCUGGUCAUAAUAUUGCGGCGCCAAAUCAACAAUAUAAAUGGAUGCAAAUUUUCGAAAAUAAAGGUGCUGCAAUGGGAUGUUCAAAUCCCCAUCCUCAUGGACAGAUAUGGACUACGACUGGAUUACCCGAAGAGCCUGCUUCGGAACUCGUCAAUCUUCUUAAAUACCGACAGGAAAACUCUGGCCGUCAUUUGUUGGAAGAUUAUGUCAAGCUUGAGAUGGAAAAAGAAGAACGAAUUGUGUUUCAAAAUGAGAGCUUCUUGGCUGUGUGUCCAUGGUGGGCUACGUGGCCAUUUGAGGUUAUGAUUGUUAGCAAGACUCACAAGAGAGGUUUGGUUGAUUUGAAUGAUGAGGAGAAGUUAGGUUUUGCAGAAGCUGUUGCUGAAGUUACGAGGAGAUAUGAUAAUUUGUUCGAGACGAGCUUUCCUUACAGUUCUGGAAUUCACCAAGCUCCAUUAGAGGGUACCGAAGAGGAAAUCAAUGCCUCCUACUUACAUAUGCAUUUCUAUCCUCCUCUUCUUAGAAGUUCAACCGUGAGGAAGUUCUUGGUUGGUUAUGAGUUGAUGGCAGAGCCGCAGCGAGACAUCACUCCAGAGCAGGCCGCUGCUAAAUUAAGAGACUGUGGUGGAGAAUUGCAGCAUCAUUCAAGCUGCCACAUCUCGAACUCCAAAGGAACAUUGACAUAUAUCUCGAGACAAUUCGACCAUCCAGCUAUUUCUCCCUCCCUCCCACCAAUCCUUGUCCUACUUCUUGAACUCAGGCAGUUGUUCGCUCGAUCAGAAAGAGUCAAGGGAAUCGAUUUCCAUCCAGUCGAGCCAUGGAUUUUGACUACAUUAUACAGCGGUCAUGUUUAUAUUUGGUCUUAUGAAACUCAGGCCAUUGUCAAAACAUUCGAGUUGACAGAUGUCCCGGUACGAGCUGGUAGAUUCAUAGCUCGAAAGAAUUGGAUCGUUUGCGGUUCCGAUGAUUUUCAAUUACGAGUUUACAAUUACAAUACUUCGGAAAAGAUUACCACCUUCGAAGCCCAUCCAGAUUAUAUUCGCGCCAUCGUCGUUCAUCCUACGCAACCUUUCGUUUUGACCGCCUCCGAUGAUAUGACAAUCAAAUUGUGGGAUUGGGACAAGGGUUGGAAAUGUGUGCAGGUGUUUGAAGGACAUAGUCAUUAUGUUAUGGGUCUGGCCAUUAACCCCAAGGAUACGAAUACAUUUGCAUCGGCGUGUUUGGACAGGACUGUGAAGAUCUGGAGUUUAGGAUCAUCAACAGCAAACUUUACACUGGAGGCGCACGAAACGAAAGGUGUCAAUCAUGUUGAUUACUACCCUCAAUCCGACAAACCUUACCUUCUCACUACUUCAGACGACAGGACGGUUAAGAUUUGGGAUUAUACUACCAAAUCGUUAAUCGCAACUUUAGAAGGACAUACAAGCAAUGUUUCAUUCGCAUGCUACCAUCCAGAAUUACCUGUAAUUAUCUCAGGUUCUGAAGAUGGCACAGUCAAAAUAUGGCACGCAAAUACAUAUCGAUUAGAGCAAUCUUUGAAUUAUGGAUUGGAAAGGGCUUGGUGUGUUGGUUACCAAAGAGGGAAGCAGGGAGUUGCUGUCGGAUUUGAUGAAGGUGCAGUGGUUGUAAAGAUGGGUCGAGAAGAGCCUGCCGUAUCAAUGGAUAAUUCUGGAAAGUUGAUUUGGGCUCGACAUAGUGAGGUUGUGUCGUCCAUCAUCAAGGGCGGAGAUGCUUUAGUAAAGGAUAAUGAACCAAUUUCUCUGCCUACGAAAGAUCUCGGUACUUGCGAAGUAUAUCCACAAACUCUUCUUCACUCUCCAAACGGUCGAUUCGUUUCGGUAUGCGGCGACGGAGAGUUCAUCAUUUAUACUGCUCUCGCUUGGAGGAAUAAGGCUUUCGGCUCCGCCUUGGACUUUGUUUGGGGUUCGAAAGAUAAUAGCAAUGAUUACGCAAUUCGAGAGUCGCCUACAAGUGUUAAGAUAUUCAAGAACUUUGUGGAGAAAAGCGGUGGACUUGAUGUUGGUUUCCAGGCUGAAGGUUUAACCGGUGGUGUUCUCCUUGGUGUCAGGGGUCAAGGUGGUAUCAGUUUCUUUGAUUGGCAAAGCGGUGGACUUGUUAGGAGGAUUGAAGUUGAGCCGACUGAGGUAUACUGGUCUGAAAACGGAGAAUUGGUCGCCAUUGCAUGCGAAGAUACCUUUUACGUCCUCCGAUUUUCACGCGAAAACUAUAUCGCGGCCCUGAAUGCUGGAGAGGUUGAUGAUGAUGGAGUCGAGGCUGCAUUUGAGGUUGUGACGGAUAUCAAUGAAACCGUGCGAACCGGUGAAUGGGUAGGUGACUGCUUCAUCUACACAAACAGCACCAACAGACUCAACUAUCUUGUUGGUGAUCAAACUUAUACCAUCUCUCACUUCGAUCAACCAAUGUACUUGCUAGGAUACAUUCAGCGCGAUUCUCGCAUUUACCUUGCCGAUAAAGAUGUCACUGUCACUUCUUUCGCCCUUUCUCUCGCUGUCGUCGAAUAUCAAACAUUGGUUUUGAGAGAUGAUAUGGAUACAGCCGCAGAAAUACUUGAUACGAUCCCCGGUGAUCAGCUUAAUAAAAUCGCUCGCUUCCUUGAAGGUCAAGGACACAAAGAAUUGGCGUUGGAGGUUGCAACUGAUAGCGAACACAAAUUUGAGCUGGCUCUCGCGUUAGGUCAUCUUCCGAUAGCUCUCGAACUCGCUCGUGAAGCAGACGUCGAGCAUAAAUGGAAGACAGUAGGUGAUGCAGCGCUUGCAGGUUGGGAUGUUGCACUUGCAGCAGAAUGUUUCACGAAUGCUAAAGAUCUUGGUUCACUGUUAUUACUUCACUCAAGUACGGGUGAUAGAGAGGGACUCAAGGCAUUGAGUGCACAAGCAAGCGAUGCAGGUGCGCAUAAUGUGGCAUUCACAUGUCUUUGGCAGCUAGGGGAUGUCGAUGGAUGUAUUGAGUUGUUGAUUAAAACUGGUAGAGCGGCGGAAGCGGUACUGUUCUCACAAACAUACAAACCGAGCAUCACGGUCAAGACUGUGCACGCAUGGAAAGCACAGUUGGAAAAUGAUAAAAAGGGAAGGGUGGCUAAGACCGUUGGUGUACCGGGUGAAGAUGAAGAGCUUUUCCCUGAAUGGGAAGAAUAUUUGAGAUUGGAGCAGGGUGGUGAGAAUCUCAUUGACGUUAAUGGCGAUGGUGAUGGACAUGAUAAGAUUAAUGGUGAUGGACCGGAUCCGGAUGCUGAAGCUGUUGAGGAGGGUUCACUAGAGACGAAAGAUGAAGAUGAAGAUGAUGAGGAAGAAUCGGAGGAGUAG